AUGAAAAUAGAAUACACUUUGAAUGCCGUUAAUAAUUAUGGUGAAAAUUUAUUGCAUAUUAGUGCAGCAUACGGUUGCUGUAAUAUUAUCAAAGAACUUUUAAAGAAAAAAGAAAAUCAUCAAAUUAUUAACAGGAAAAAUAAUUUUGGCUGGACACCAUUGAUGCAAGCUAUUAGAAAUAGAAAUAUUGAUACUGUUAGAUUACUUUUAGAACAAAAAUCAAACGUUAAUGAUUCGACUUAUCUUGGAAUGUCAAUAAUUGGUAUAGCUUCAGCAAUAAAUAAAGAAAUGUUGCAACUGAUAUAUGAAAUUUGUCCAUCUACAUUAAAAAAUGCAGAGAAUGAUGAUAUUACUCCGCUAUGUAUAGCCGCAUUAAAAAAUGAUAAAGAUAUGUUUUUUUCUUUGAUUGACAUGGGUUUAGAUGUUUCCAAAGCCAAUGAAUAUACACACAUUAUGAUGAAACUAUCAACGAUACCAGAAAUAUCAAAUUUAGCAAAACAUUAUUAUGAAAUAGAGAAUUAUUGGAAUGAUGAAUCGGAUGAUAUUGAAAGGGAAAAUGAAUCAAGCAAUGAUAUUUCUGAAUGCGAUAAUAUUUUUAUAUCUGACUGCAAGAACAAAUCUCCAUAUAUUUCAAAACCAUUACAUGAUUCUAACAAUAAUAAUGAAAAUACUCUAACUAAUUUCCCUCCAAUAUAUAUUGAUAUAAGUCAUGCUAAUACAAAUAAUCAAUUUAAUUUAACAGAAACUAUAGAGAAAGAGGAAUCAAAUCUAAUAUCGCCUACUUUCUUAGAAAUUUCUUGCGAAAAAUGUCCAACUUCUCCGAAUAUAUAUUUUGUUCAAACUUGUAAUACAAAUUUGGCAACUAUCAAUGAAAAUGACGAAGAAGAAAUUGAAAUGAAGUAUAAUAAAAUAAUAGAAUCUUGUAAAUUGAAAAAUGAUUCGAUGCAUUCACCAAAUGUAAUACUUAAAAGAUUACGGUCUAUACGACCAGCAGACUUGGAUCUCACAUCUGUUCAAAAUGAUCAUAACACUACGCUUGAAAUAGUACUAGAUUAUAGUCCUACAUCUUCGCCGAAUGUACCUGCAUACAUUAAUGAUGAAAAUGUAUCAGGCGACAAGACGCCUACACCGCCUCGUUACAAAACUCCUCCAAGAGGAAUGAUUCUAAACUCGCAGCAAACUAAAAUGAUUAUUUUCUUAAAACGAUAUGGUUUGAGUCAUCAUAUGUCUAUUUUUCUUAAAGAAGAAAUAGACAUGGAUCUUAUGCAAAUGUUAAAUGACUAUGAUUUACAAGAAAUAGGAAUAAAAGAGGCUGCUGAAAGGACAGCCAUAUUAACAGCUAUAAAAAUGUAUCAAAAUAUUGAAAUGUAAAAUAUUGUCAUAGAGGUAUUUUAUAUUAUUGAUUUUUAAUGAUACUGAUUUUAUAAAAUUAACUACUUAUUUAUUUUAUUAUUAAUUUUUUAUUC